AUGUCUAAUUCAAAUUCAUUAUUAGUGGUCAUAUUCUUUCUAACAAUAGUUAAUGGUUUAGCUCAGAGUUAUCCAGAGACUUACUGUAUUCGUUUUGAUACAGACGUAAAAGGUGCUAGCAAUCCUAUAAUUAUCAAUAUAACACAAAAAUGGGCACCACUUGGUGCAAAUCAUUUAUUUGAUGUAAUUAAUUCGCAAUUUUAUCAUGUACCUUCGGCUUUUUUUCGUGUUGUUCCUAAGUUUGUUGUUCAAUUUGGAAUUAGUGGUGAUCCAGCGCAAAAUAAACUUUGGGAUAAACCUAUUAUGGAUGAUCCUGUUUUAAUGUCAAAUACUGUUGGUACAUUAUCCUAUGCAACUGCAGGUCCCAAUACUCGUACUACUCAAUUAUUUAUUAAUUAUAUUGAUAAUAGUCGUUUAGAUCCAUUGGGUUUUGCUCCUUUAGGAAUUGUUACUACUGGUUUAGAUACUGCCAAUGCUAUUUUUAAUCCAACUCCAGGUAGUAGUGAUGGUGUCGAUCAAAAUCAAUAUUCAACAAAAGGCAAUCCAUGGAUUAGACUUAAUUAUCCUCAAAUUAAUUUUAUUACAAAAACUUCAAUAACAUACAAUUGUCCUGUACCGUCGAAUUGA